AUGAUAGCAAUUGCUCUGUUUGUAUUGCACGAGUGCGGAGAGAAAAGAAAGGAAGUGAAGAGGUUUAAGUCCAUUUCGAGUGACAGAAUCGAUAGUAAACCCGUUGGGAGCUUUGAAGAUGAGCCCAGAUCACCUUUCGUCUUCUUCCUAGAGGAUUUUAGGGAAAGCUACUGUGGGAACAUGGUGGAUGCUAGUAGAAUAUGUUUCACUGUGUGGAAGAACAUGUCACGAGAGCGGUUAGAUGUUCACUUUGGAUCCCAAAAGCUAAGGAUGAUCAAGUUUCAUGGAAUGAUUGACAUGUCCAGGAAUGUGUCUCCGAGUUCAUCAGCUUCAUCACCAGCGAGCAUGUCUUUCUUAUCGAACAUGGAGCUUUAG